UUCUUGUCCAAAUCAAACAACACAAACAGACCUUUGUCCAAACUCAUCUCCCUCCUUUCUCUCUCCAGACAGCAUCACAAGCAAGAAGACGACUCAUGGUGAGGAGGUGAGGGUGCGCAAUACACCGCUGCCGCAAUGCCAGGCCCAGGUCCACACAUGAUGUAUGCUCUGGGCUCGGGCCAAGCCCUGAUGAGCGUCUCCAACGGCCGGUUCGGCCCUCACCACUGCGUCACCUACGCCGUCAACGCCUUCUUCGGCCCCGACCUCGGCUCCUUCUCCGAGUGGCUCACCUCCACCCUCGGCCUCGGUCACUCCUUCGGCUCCGCAGUCGAGACUUGGGUUCACCACCCGUUCUACUUCGUCCUCAUUUUAGGGUUUCCAUUGUCCGUGCUCUACAGUUGGGGUUCUAAAAUUCUCCUCCGAAAAGGGUUUCUCGAUUCCAUUUCUGGGGUGCCCCUUACUAGGAGUCAGUGCUUGAUGUUAGUAUCUGCUGGUUCUUUAUCUCACUUUUUCUUGGACCACUUGUUUGAGGAAAAUGGGCAGUCUUCUAUGUAUAAGUGGAUAUUGAGCACUGGUUGGUGGGAAAGCCGGGCUCCAGUCUAUCCAGAUGCUGUUGUUGUAAUUGGCUUUCUAUGCAUAUGCUUAAUUGGUAGUUUCAUUUACAUCAACAGAGUGAAGGCCUUGAAGUCGCUUAGGAAACAAUCACACCAAUCUAUGAGAUUGACUGUGAUAAUUGCAAGUUUGUAUUGCUUAUGGUGUGCAAGCCAGAUCUACUUGGUUAGUCCUCGUCGGCCACCAGUUGGUGAAGAGGCUGAUCUUGGUGUUCUUGUUUUUCUAGGCAUUUAUUUUUUCCUUCCUCACUGCUUGUGUAUCAUGUCCAUGAACUCAAAAGACACUGCAGAGCAACUACCACUUUAAAAGUUCUACUCUUAAAGCGACACAGCAUUAAUGCUCUUCGUUCUCCAUGCAUCCUCACCACCGGUGAACAAGAGCAGAAGAAUUCAGGGUUUUGCCAUUAGACAUUUUUCAGAAUCAAGCUUUCAUGCUUCAUUUGAGCAUGAUCCCUCCACUGCAUUGUAUGCUUCUUUCCUUCGCCCCUCAUCCUGGCCCCAAUUUUACAUCUGGCAUUGGAGUGUUAUUAGAUACUGAGUGCAAACAUUUAUGUUAGGCACCACUCUAACAUAACUGAUAUAUUGUUUUACUAGCUCUGCUUGUGAGGAUGCACUAACAGAUCUGCAAUGGGAAAUUUCAUUUCUCCCUGAGAAAAUCCAGUAGUUCAGUGCAUUAGCUAAGCUCAAUGGCUUUAACAAGAAGCAUUUGGGUGGACUGGCAAUCCUUUAUUCCAGGAUUGCCAAGCUUUGAGUUAGUGAGGGAUUUUAGUUAUGGCCAAGUUUCCUUUGUCUCGGUUUCUUGCUUUUAUUUUUUUGUUGAGUGUGUGUUUGGAAAUACAAAAUAGCCAUGUGAGUGGUCGAAGCCGUUGUAGCAUAGGUAUUUUGGUAUUGUAUUGACAUGAUGAUAUCUAA